AUGGCCGCAUUCAGAGCGUUAGUCCUCGCGUGCGUGCUUCUCCUCGUGUCGACGUCCGCCUUGGCGCAGCGUGGUCCGCCUGGCGGAGGAUCUCCCAGUGGUCAGCGCGGAGGCCCUGGCGCCGGUCCCGGUGGUCCUGGCGGUCGCGACGGUCCCGGCUGGCCUGCCGGGAAACCGCCGCAUGGCCCUCCGUUGAACCUGACGGCCGUCGGGAAUUUGACGGCAGAUGUUGGCUCGCGGCUCGCCAACUGCACCGUGGAUCAGAAGACCCUCAACGGCAGCUUCCACCUCGCCGUCUUCAAGAACUCUACAGGAAACUACAACCUGCUGGUCGAGGCGGUUCUGGUGGACGCGGCGGGCGGCCCGCCCGACUCGCUGGCGAUCGUGAAGGGCGCCGUGUGCGACUCCGCCGCGACGGACGUGCUCGCGCUGCCGCUCGCCGCGGCAGACUGGCAGCAGCGCGCGGGGUGGUGGCUGCUGCACGCGGAGGCGCGCCUCGACGCGUUCCUCGAGAACGCGGACGCCGCCACCCUCGACGCGCUGCUCGCCGUGCUCCCCACCGCCUCGCCUCCGCCCACCAGCGGCGGCGGGCGCAACGGCGGAGGCAGCGCCGGCGGAGGCAGCGCGGGGGGUGCGCGGAACGGGCAGGGCGGGAGACGCAUGGGGCGGGAGCUGCUGAUGAGCGCAUUCGGCCGCGCUGCCAGGCAGGGAGGGCAGAAGCAGGGGGGGCAGAAGCAGGGUGGAGCGCAGCAGGCGCCUGCAGUGAGCGGGUAUGCUGUGCUGGCGGGCAGCAGCGCAGCAGGUGUGACGUGGGGCGGGCAGCUCAUGGGCGCCAAGAUGCCCGCCGCUGCUGCUUGA